AUGCACGCUCGGAGUGCCUCGAGUGCUUCUACAACCAGUACAAAAGUUCUAAUGGUCUCAAGCUUCAUACCAUCUUUUUCUCGUCGCUCGGCCGCCAUCCCGAACAAGCAAGGCACCAAAGCAAUCUACACCGUCAAUACACAGACACCCGGGAGCCAUGCAAAUAUUACUGAGAUCAGGAUCAUAGAUCUCCUCACCGGGACCUCAAACCUCUUCUCCGACGAUCCACGAGAUACGGAAGCCAAAUGGCUUGGAAAGGGGGACUUGGUGCUUUGGCUGAAGGACGUAGAUUUUGGAGCAACAGAAUUCUGGAUUGCGGACGCAGAAGACGCAGGGCAGAGUUAUGUGAAUUUAAAAACGUUAUCGAAGAGAGCUUCGGUGGGGUCUUCGUAUACGCAACCAGCGAAUGGCUACUGCGCCGGCAGGAUCAGCGCGAAGGCUUCCCAUCUCAAGCUGCACAGGCUUCACGGCCAGUACGACGACAUAGCAAUAGCUGUGACUUGCUCCGCCACAUCGAACGGCAGUCUUUACAACCCUGACACAGAAGGAUCGACCAGCGAGAUGCAAAAUGCGAUAUGGUACACCACGCUUCGAAAGAAGGCGAUGAGCAGCAGCACAGCAGAGCUGAAAUACAUAACCUCUCCAACGAGGUUCGUCAAUGCUCUGAGAGGCACAGGUCUGGAGUCACCUCUUCGCUCUCCGUUUGGACAUUCGACCGACUUCGAUAUUUCCACAAGUGGUAUUGUCUUUCUUGCAAAAGAUGGACCCAGCUGUACAACCCAGCCUGCCAGUUUCAAUGUCUACUACACUCCUCUCAAGACUUUUACUGAAAUGUCAAGGCCAAGACCUCAGAUCAUCAACAUAAAAGGCUUCGAAGGGCGGAGCUCCAACCCCGUAUUCUCUCCAAGCGGUAACUCUGUAGCGUUUCUGAAAAGGCGGGAGCUUGCAGACUCCAAUGACAGGAAACGAGUGAUCGUGGUUGACAACAUCCGUGACUUUCGAGCUCAUAUGGCCAUUGACAACAUGCCCACGCAGCAGAGUGAGAAAGACUGGCACUUGUCACCCUACAGUGUAGCUUGGAGUGACGAUGGCAAAGAGUUGUAUGUCGUUGCGGUGGAGACUGGUAUCCGGAGGCUGUUCAAGAUUCCUGCCAAUCUCUCUUCCAUCAAGACCGCGCCAGAACCCAUCACAAGCGAUAGCACUACGCCGGCGGAUGUGCGGCAUCUAAGAAUGGUGUUCUCUGCGCCAAUGGAUUUAACGCCAGAGCGCUCUUCUGUGGGCUAG